AUGCUUGAGAAACUUAGUUAGAAGAUAAGCGGCAAUACAACAUCAAAAAGUGAUGCUUGUGAAAUAUGUGGAAAAUCAUUUGAUUGGUACAAUUCUUUAUUAAGCGCUAGGAAAACUAAGUAGAAUUAGUGUAAGCGGUGCUUUAGAGGUGUUUGUUCAAAUUGUAGUUAAGACAAAGCCAUUAUAAUUACUUAAGAUGCAAAAACUCCACAUAGAAUAUGCAAAAUUUGUAAGGAUGAUUAGCAGCAACAAAAAUAAAUAGUAGAGUUAGAGAAUUGCAAAGUUGGAUAAUUAUCUAAUGUAGGUAAAAGAUGGGUAUCAAUAAUUUUUGGAGACAAGUAAUUUUUUAUUAAAGCUAGAAUUGAAAUCAAAAAGAUUUAAGAAGAAUAUUAAUAGGCAUUACCAAAUUUUGUUUCCAAUUCUAAUUAUGAAAUUAAAUAGUAAAUUUAAACUAAUCUGUUAAGAAUCUUUAAAGAAGUAAGAAAAUUAAUAUGCUUUUUAGAACAGAUAAGCAUUAAAUUAUUCUUUAGCUGAUUGGCAUUAUCGUUGCUGUUCAAAUGAAUAGGACAAUAUACUAGUAUAAAAAAUAAGCAAUAUUUUAACAUGCUUUUUCUAAACUAAGCCAGUUAGACUUACAAAAGGCUUAGUCUUUUUGACAACUUAUAUUUUAUAUUUUUGUGAUGAACCUAUUUCUUUGAAGGUGCUUUAAUUUUUUCAUGAAAAAAUUAUACCUCCGAGAAUGCAAUAUCAUAAAUUAGAAUAAGAUGAAAGUAAACCAAUUUUAGGUGAAAUUGACCUUUUGCUAGAAAUGGUUAAUGAAUAAAAUAAAAUAGAAAAAUCAGUUUAACAAAAAGUUAAAAUGAUUCUAGAAACUUAUUCUACUUAAAUGUUGACAACAUUUAUGAUAAAUUCAUUUGAAUUUUAUCUUGGCUUUUUCAUUUUUAAUUAAUUAGUCAUCAAUCAUAAUGUAUUAAAAAAUGAUUAAUAUAUAGUUCUAAAUGAAUGAAAAAUUCUUGGCAUUUAUUUGUCGGGAUUAACUAAGAGCAAUCUAAGAUGUAAAUAUAGAUGAGUUUUAGCGGUUAAUACUUCGAAAUAUUUAAUUAGAUAAGUUUACUGCUUUCUUAUCCUAGGAAGAUGAAAAAAAAAUUAAAUAUCGGAAUUCAAUUGCAUAAAAAGAAUAAUAAUUAUAAUAAUAGUAAUAAUAAAAUAAUAAAAUUGAUGAUAAAGAAAUUGAAAAACUAUUUGAAGGUAUAAUUUAAUUGGUUGAUGAAAAUUAAAAUUAAAAAUUAGAAUCCUUGUAAUCUACAAGUAAAUUUGAUUGGAAUAAAACUUAAAUUAAAGAAUUAGUUAAAUCAAUAUAAAAAAAAAAUUAAGUUUUAUAAAAUAAAACACUUUUGGAAGAUUAAUUAAAAUAAUAUUAAGAGAAAAGCGCUGAGCAAUUAUAAUAACAAAAAAUUGGAUCAGAAAUAAAUUCAAGCACUAUUGAUGAAAAAAAUUAAUUGAUUAAAUAAUUAUAGGAUAAAAUAAAAUAAUAACAAUAAUUAAUAUCAAAUUAUAUAGAGUAAACUAAAUUAUUAGAAGAAACUCAUUCAUAAAGCAUGAAAAGUUAAGAAAGAGAAUAUUUAAAGUUAAUUGAAGAAUUGAAAAAUAAUAUUAUUUUAAAGUCUAAUAAAGAAAAUUAAUAUGAAGAAAAAAUUUCAUAGCUUUAACUAGAGAUGGAACGUAAAAUAAAAGAAAAAGAAGAUUUGAUAAAGAAUAAAGAAAACUAAUAAGAAAAGGAGAUAUAUUUAAUUUCUGAAUAAUAUGACAAAAUAAAAAAGGAUUUGGAGAAUAAAGAUAUGUUGUAUAAAAAAUAAUAAAAAGAAUAAGAAAAUGUAUUUGAAUAAUAGUUAAAGUAAGAAUGUUAAAAAAUUGAAAAUAAUAAAAAUAUCUUGAAUGAAAAAUAUAUAUAAUAAAUUGAAAAUUUAGAAAAAUAAAUAAAAGAAAUUAAUUAGAGUAAAUAAUUAAUAGAAUAAGAAGCACAAGAAAAAAUAAAAAAUUUAGAAAGUCUACUUAAGAAAAAUUAAGAAGAAUCUUUAAUUUUAUUAAAAUAAAAAUAAGAGGUAUAUGAAGAAGAGGUUGUAUAAAUGUAAUUAAAAUAAAAAUAGGAAAUCGAAAACAUUCGAAAAUCAUUUUAAAAUGAAAAAUAAGAAGAAAAUUAAAAAAAUGAAAAUAUUUAUUAAUAAGAAAUUGAAUAGAUAAGUUAAGAUUAUAAAUUAUAAAUAAAUGAAAUUAGUUAGAAUUUCAAAGAAAUUAUUCAAUAAAAAGAUGAUUCUAUAAAAUAAUAGGAAUAGAAAAUAUAAGAAUUGGAAUUAAAUCAUUAGGAAUAAUUAAAAUCUAUGUUAGAUUAACAUAAACAAGAACUAGAAUCAAAGGAAUAAUCAAUAAAGUUAUUAAAAGAAGAGUCAAGUCAAUAUUUCACUUAAGAAUUAUAACAAAAGGAAGAAUCAUAUUAAAAAUAAUUAGAAUAAAAGGAUGAAGAUUAUAAAUUAUAAAUAAAUGAAAUUAGUUAGAAUUUCAAAGAAAUUAUUCAAUAAAAAGAUGAUUCUAUAAAAUAAUAGGAAUAGAAAAUAUAAGAAUUGGAAUUAAAUCAUUAGGAAUAAUUAAAAUCUAUGUUAGAUUAACAUAAACAAGAACUAGAAUCAAAAGAAUAAUCAAUAAAGUUAUUAAAAGAAGAGUCAAGUCAAUAUUUCACUUAAGAAUUAUAACAAAAGGAAGAAUCAUAUUAAAAAUAAUUAGAAUAAAAGGAUGAAGAUUAUAAAUUAUAAAUAAAUGAAAUUAGUUAGAAUUUCAAAGAAAUUAUUCAAUAAAAAGAUGAUUCUAUAAAAUAAUAGGAAUAGAAAAUAUAAGAAUUGGAAUUAAAUCAUUAGGAAUAAUUAAAAUCUAUGUUAGAUUAACAUAAACAAGAACUAGAAUCAAAAGAAUAAUCAAUAAAGUUAUUAAAAGAAGAGUCAAGUCAAUAUUUCACUUAAGAAUUAUAACAAAAGGAAGAAUCAUAUUAAAAAUAAUUAGAAUAAAAGGAUGAAGAUUAUAAAUUAUAAAUAAAUGAAAUUAGUUAGAAUUUCAAAGAAAUUAUUCAAUAAAAAGAUGAUUCUAUAAAAUAAUAGGAAUAGAAAAUAUAAGAAUUGGAAUUAAAUCAUUAGGAAUAAUUAAAAUCUAUGUUAGAUUAACAUAAACAAGAACUAGAAUCAAAGGAAUAAUCAAUAAAGUUAUUAAAAGAAGAGUCAAGUCAAUAUUUCACUUAAGAAUUAUAACAAAAGGAAGAAUCAUAUUAAAAAUAAUUAGAAUAAAAGGAUGAAGAUUAUAAAUUAUAAAUAAAUGAAAUUAGUUAGAAUUUCAAAGAAAUUAUUCAAUAAAAAGAUGAUUCUAUAAAAUAAUAGGAAUAGAAAAUAUAAGAAUUGGAAUUAAAUCAUUAGGAAUAAUUAAAAUCUAUGUUAGAUUAACAUAAACAAGAACUAGAAUCAAAGGAAUAAUCAAUAAAGUUAUUAAAAGAAGAGUCAAGUCAAUAUUUCACUUAAGAAUUAUAACAAAAGGAAGAAUCAUAUUAAAAAUAAUUAGAAUAAAAGGAUGAAGAUUAUAAAUUAUAAAUAAAUGAAAUUAGUUAGAAUUUCAAAGAAAUUAUUCAAUAAAAAGAUGAUUCUAUAAAAUAAUAGGAAUAGAAAAUAUAAGAAUUGGAAUUAAAUCAUUAGGAAUAAUUAAAAUCUAUGUUAGAUUAACAUAAACAAGAACUAGAAUCAAAGGAAUAAUCAAUAAAGUUAUUAAAAGAAGAGUCAAGUCAAUAUUUCACUUAAGAAUUAUAACAAAAGGAAGAAUCAUAUUAAAAAUAAUUAGAAUAAAAAGAUAAUGAUUACAAAUCAUAAAUUAAUGAUUUAAAUGAAAAUUUCAUAGUGAUGUUUCAAUAAAAAGAUGAUUCUAUAAAAUAAUAGGAAUAGAAACUAUAGGAUUUGGAAUUAAAUCAUUAGGAAUAAUUAAAAUCUUUGUUAGAUUAACAUAAACAAGAAAUAUAACAAAAAGAUGAAUCAUAUUAAAAAUAAUUAGAAUAAAAGGAUGAAGAUUAUAAAUUAUAAAUAAAUGAAAUUAAUUAGAAUUUCAAAGAAAUUAUUCAAUAAAAAGAUGAUUCUAUAAAAUAAUAGGAAUAGAAAAUAUAAGAAUUGGAAUUAAAUCAUUAGGAAUAAUUAAAAUCUAUGUUAGAUUAACAUAAACAAGAACUAGAAUCAAAGGAAUAAUCAAUAAAAUUAUUAAAAGAAGAGUCAAGUCAAUAUUUCACUUAAGAAUUAUAACAAAAGGAAGAAUCAUAUUAAAAAUAAUUAGAAUAAAAGGAUGUAGAUUACUAAUAACAAAUAAACGAAAUUUCUACUAAUUAUUAAAAUUAAAUUACGAAUGUUUCGUAAAAUCUUUAAGAUUAACUUAAUUCAAAUGAAACUUUAAUAAACCAAAUUUCAUAACUUAAAUUAAAUCAUGAAUAAUAAUUAUUUUAAAAAGAUGAAGAAUAUAAAAGUAUAAUUCUUGAAAUAAGUGAGAAUCAUUUGCGUUAAUUAUAAAAUCGUGACCAUUCAUCUUAAAUUGAUAGCAAACAAAGUGAACUUAAUAACAUUUAACUUUAAUAGUAAUACAUUUUAUAAAUAUAAUAAAAAGAUGAAUAAAUCUUAAAUUUAACCCAAUAAAACGAAUAAUUAAUGUAACAAAUUGUAAUAGAAACUGAAAAGUAAAAAUAUUAAGUUUAGCCGUAAAUAAAGGAUGGAUUGAAUUAAAUAGAAGAAUAGUCUUAAAUCGAAAAUAAUUAGCUUAUAAAUGAAGAAAACACUAAUUAAGCAAAUAAGAAUUAAUAAUUCUCGGAAGUAAAUCUUUUAUCCUUAAUUGACUAAUAAAAUUAGCAAAUCUCAGAAUUAAAAUAAAAAGAUUAGGAUAGUUUAAAUACUAUAGAAUCUCUUAAAUAAAAUUUGCAAAUUCUACAAAUAGAACUAGAAAGCAAAUAUUAAGGAUAACUUGAUGCAUUUUUGAAACAGUAAGAAAAUCAAAAAGAUGAAAUGUAGAAGUCAUUUAAUAAGGCUCUAAGCGAAUAGGAAGAAAAAUAAAAAUUAGAAAUAUUUGCACAUCUUGAAACUAUAUCAAAAUUAAGAUUUUAGAUUUAAGAUAUUGAAUGUAAAUUGUAAAAUUCAAAUGCUGAAUUAUUUUAACAGUAAACAAAAUUAAAACAAAUAAUUUAACUUGAAUUUGAAGAAUUAUUAAAAAAAUAAGCAACAGAAAAAGAUGAAAUUAUUUCAAAUUUUGAGAAAUUAAGAGAUUAGUAUAAUGAAAAUCUUUAGUUGAACUAACAAAAAGAUAAAGAAAUAUUGGAGUAAAAAUAAUUUAUAGAGGAUUUGAAAAAUAAUAUUGAUGAAACUAAUCAAUUAUUAACCUAAUAAAAUUUAUAAAAUGAGAGAUUAAAUCAACAUAUAAUAAUUUUAAAUAAUUAAAUAUUAGGUUUGAAAAGGAAAAAUUUUGAUCAAACUAGUUAAACUUAAAAUUCAGCAAAAGAACUACAAGAUAAUAUUUUAUAAUUAAGAAAUCAACUUAUUCUUAAAGAAAGCGAAAUAUAUUCAUUAAGAUUGCAAUUUAUUGAUGCAAAUUCUUAAAGGCUAAAUUAUUUUUAUUAAGUAUAGAACUAUAUAAAAGAGAUGAAGUUAAUGUCUGAAAAGCUAUAAACUUAUGAUCAAAGUGAUGUUUAACAAUUAACUUCAUAUUAUGAAGAAAAAAUUAAAUUAUUAGAUCAAUCUUAUGAAGAAUAAAUGAAUAGAUUAUUUUAAUAACUGAAAUAGAACUAAGAUAAAGACUAAUCAACCUAGCCAGCAUAAAAAUUGAAUACAUAAUAAGUCAAUUCAUCUUAGUAAAAGGAUACCAAAAUUACAGGGAGAGUUUAAAUGUUGGAAAUACAGUAGGAGUCAAGAAAUGAGUAAACUGAAGAUUGCACAAUUUUUUGAUUU